CCUAUUCUAGAAAGUGCACAUUGUUUUGAAGAGAAAAUACAAAGAUGGCAACGGCAACAGAGAGAAAGUUCACUAGCUUGAGAAAGCGUCUGGAUCAGAUGGGCUACCGACAGCCCUUGGUGAUAGACUCCCUUCCACUGGUAGAGAAGUUAUUUGCUGACCUCAUGCACACCACUGAGAGCUUGAAGAAUGCCAAAUUGCAGCUAGGAAAGAACAAGGAGCAAAAGGAUGUAUGGGAGCGUCAUGUGGAGCCUUACAGAACUGACAAUGCUCGUCUGGUGAAGGAGAAUAAUGAGUUACAUCAGCAACUACCCAAACUGAAGGAAACAAGUGAGACAAGAAUUAAAGAUUUGAAAGCCACUUUAAGACGUAUAGACCACGAAAACUCUGACCUAAAAUUUCUUAACACUCAGUACAUGCAACGAUUGAGGGCCCAGGAAAAAGAAAACCAAGCCAAGACUGAUAAGAUCCUCGAAUUACAAGAGAAAAACUUUCAAGCUGUUAUUCAAACUCCUGGUGGUCGAAAGAAGCACAUUCCUUUCAGACGACAGCGAAUGGAGAUCGAUUCAACCCUCCCCAAUUCAAGAGGCAUGCCUACUAUGAGACUACCUCCACAAGACCCCUACAUUGCUGACCUCCUCAGUGUGGCAGACCAGAGAAUGGCAGAUUUUCAGGCCCUUGUCAGCCAGGGCGAGCAUGAAAGAAAGAGUCUGGAGGCAUCAAUUCAGUCGAUGAGGAAACAACUAGAGAACAGAGAGGAGGAGAUAGCAAGACUUACCUCAUUACUCAAGGGAGGUCGACCACCAGAGGCACUUGCGGCUGUAGGUGCAAGAGAAACGAAUGAGAGAAUGGUGGCUCAUCUCAAUAUACAGAUAGAUUUCCUACAGCAAGCUAAUCACGAGCUGGAGAAGAAGCUGUCCAGUGUCGAGUUAGCCAAAGAAGAGUCGGAGACUCGAGUGACUGAACUGAGCAAUAAGAACUCUCGUAUCUGCUCAGAGCUCCAGGAGAUUGGGGGAUUGGUGAAACAGAUGGAAUCUGAGAGGGGGUCUAGCGAGGAAGAGCUCACAGACACCGUUAAAGAACUCAGAAGUGAGCUAGCUGGUAUGAAAGAGAUUCGUGGUUCCCUGGAGGCAAGGGUAGUUGAGCUAACGCGACACAGUGAGGAGCUCCACUCUGACAACUGUCGAAUGGCUGAGCUCCUUGGCACGAGUGAAGGAGAAACCCAGGAGGUGGCCAAUGUGAUGGAAAAACUCACUCAGGAGAGGGAGAACCUCAUCACACAGUGUCAGGAACACAAGCAAGCUGAGAUGGAGUUGCGUAGACGUCUUCUAGAGGUGGAGGGUCAAUCAUGUGACACAGCUGGGUUGAGACAAGUUGCGAAAGAGAGAGAUGAGCUAAAACAGGCCGUGGGUGGGUUCGAAACUGAGCUGGUUGAGAUCCAAGCCGAGGCAAAAGCACUAGCUGAGGACAGGGACAACUUCAAACUACUCUAUGAGCAGGUUAGUGAUCAGCUCUCCCGUGCUCGUCAGCAGGCCCGUGGUCCAGCAGUGGGUGGAGCCUCAGUGGUACGACGCUUGGAGAGAGAGAGGGACGAUGCUCAGAUGGAAAUGAGACAGCAACGAGCAGAAAGCAAGAGCCUUAAGACACGACUCAAGAGUCUCCAGGACUCCCAACAAGCUGACCUCAGGUCUAUUGAGGACAGGUGUGCUGAGCUGCAACUACAACUGGAUGAUGCCUGUGCUGAGCGAGGUGAGUUGACUGAGAGGGCUAGCACCAUGAAAGACAUGAUUAAGUCACUCGAGGCUGAGCUACAGAGUUCCAGCACUUCCCUCUCCACUGCCAAUGCUGAGGUCUCUCGCCAUCGUUGUAGGGCCAACCAGUUGCAGGCCCUGCUGGACUCAGCAGAGAAGUCACGGCAUACUGAGCAGCGGGAUAGGAAGAAACAAGUGUCUGAUGUCAGUGAGGCCAAGUUGAGUGUCUCUAGACUCAACAGCAAGAUUGCCCAACUUGAGUAUGAGCUGAGAGAAAGAGAUGACAAGAUAGCUGAGCUCCGUCAUGCCUUGGGCUCUCUGGACAAGGACCACGAUGCUGUUAUGGCAGAAGUGGACGAGAAAUCAGAGACAAUCGCACGUCUCAAUCGAGAGAUGGAAGAGAGAGAGAAGUCUUUGAGUGAGGCACAGAGCAGGGUGGCCCAGCUAGAGGGAGAAACAGCUCAUGUAAAGGGACAGUUGGAACAGAAGGUGAUGGAGAGGACCAAGCUAUGCUCACAACUUGAGGGAGGGGGCAAGGAGGUUGGGGAGCUACGGAGUCAUUGUGAGACUCUGGCCAGGGAGGGGAAUCAACUCAGAGAUGACCUCUCUACCAUGACACAGGAGUGUCAGGCAGUACGCACUGAGCUGCAGAGAACAGUUGCAGAGAAGGAGUCCCUUUCCCUCAAGGUCCAGGAGUAUGCCCAGAGCCUCCUACGAGCAGAGGAGGCCAUUGCAGUCAAAGAAAGGGAGAAAUCUGAGUUGGUUGAGUCUUAUCGAGCACUCAGUGAGGAGGCAGACAAACUAGACUCCACUGUACAGGUGUCCCUCGGAGAGAACUCAGCCACCAAGCUGGAACUAUCAACAAUUGCUCAGGAGAAGCAACACUUGGAGGAUGUGGUAAGACAACAGGCAGCUGAGAUCCAGACACACAUGCAGUCACUUCAGUCGUACGAGCUCCAGCUCUCCAACCUCACACACUCCCUCACCAAGUAUGAUGCUGCACUCAGACAAGCUCAAGAUGAGAAGGCUGCCCUACUGGGUGACAUUGAGGCCACCAGAGACUUGUGUGUCCAGCUACAGAAGACCAAGGAAUCUCUACAGAGACAGAUCACAACACAGACUAUGAGCUAUGAACAGGUUCAAGUGAGAAUUCAAGACCUAGAAUCUGAAAGAGACCUUGUUAAGCAACAACUGCAGACAGAGCGUACGAAUGUGGAGAACCUUCAGGUCAUGAUGACAGGCGAGCGAAGGAAGGAAUUCCAGUCUCAACAGACGGGGCAAGAGAGGGAGACUGAGAUACAGCACCUGCAGAAGCAACUGGCAAGGCUCGAGGCAGACAGGUUGACUCUUAGCGAGCAGUUGAAGGCAAUGAGAGCUGAAAUAACUGUCAAGAACGAGGAGGUACAGAGGCUAAAAUCAGAGCUGGCAGCUGAAAAGUUUCAGAGGGAGCACACUAAGCAGCAGCUACAGGCUCGUGUGAGAGUGACCACAACUCUGGACCCAUCUCUACCUCAGCAAACCACCACGACUUUGGCCCCUUUCAGCGCUCUCCCAACCACCAGCCAUCAAUACUCCUUGGAGGGAGUAGAUUCAUUUUCAAAAGAGAAGGAAAGCAUUGCUUCAGAGAGUGCAAGACUAGUGAGUGAGUUGCUGUCAUCCAGCUCCUCACGUUAUUCUGAGUCAAUAACUGGAUCAUCAUCAUCUCCCCACCCCUCUCCACCGCACUCCACACACCCCACACACUCCACACACCCCACACACCUCACACACUCCACACAGGACAGUAAAACUGACUAAUUUAAUCUCUACAUUUCUUUGUAUAAUAAUAUACAUCUGUUUCAGUAACAUUACUUUUUCCACACCAUCCUCACAGAACAGUAAAACUAGCACUUUGCAUUUUACAUCAGUAUUAUUUUUAUUGAACAUUCCCGCCCCAGAAACAUAAACAGUGCCAAUAAAUUUAUUACUUGUGG